ACCUGAUACGCUUGAAUGAAUCCCAGAAUUUGCACAUUUUUUGCAUUGCUCGUUUUAUAUAACUUCAGUCAUACUCAGAGGCAGUUAAAGGAUGAAUCUUGCGCUAACUAUUUUAAUUCUUAACUGUUUAUUUAUUUACUCAACAUGUACUGAUUCAAAGCAUAAUAAUACCAAGGGAAGUGAGCAUAAUGUAACUGAGCCGUUAGGUGGUGGAAAUGACAGCAACUUAUCUCAAUCUUUUCGUCAAGUAGAUGUGCCACAAACGCAAUCGCAAAUGAUGUCUAAACAAAUAAAAGGGUGCGUGAAUAACUGUAAAGCAGAAUACCGUUUGUGUAGAAAAAGAAAAGAAUACGCCCAACUCCAAUGGAAAGGCGCAAAAGUUAAAUUCCAGUCAUGCGCUGCUAUCAAAAAAGAGUGUUUAGGAGGUUGUUACAAGUUUACAAAAUCUGAAAUAAUUUCAGUUCCAAGUUAGAUUCAAAAUAAAAUUACUCAUAUUUUGAUUGUAAUAAGAAAGUGCACAAAUUUUUUACACGAUUUUUUAUGUUGAUUAAAAACGUUCCAAAGUCA